AUGUACGCCGCUCAGAAUAUAACGCCAACAGUUUUGGAUGCCAUGAACGGAAAUGUUUCCGAAUGGUAUAACGAAUGCGACAAUGCCAUUAGAAGGUCAGAAAUAGUUCCUGGAACUUACGAAUAUACAACUGCUGUUUCUUAUGGAAACGUAGGUGAGUUUGGAGAAGGUUCUUCAACAACAGUAGAUAUUGCUUGCGACAGGUUUCAUAUUAUUUCUAUUGACAACUCAUUCUUAUACGUGGAACAAGACAUUGAAAUAAAACCUUCUGCCAAGUUGUCUGACAAGAAAGGUUGCAAUGGAAUUUUCUAUGUCGGAUACCAAUAUGCUCCAGAAGUUUUCAUGGGAUAUAAGAUAUAUUCUAACUCUGACUUAGUUCAAACAGUAACAUGGGCAAACUAUGAAUGGUUCGCUUUGAGAAACUCAGUACAACCACAAGCUAGAGAACAAACAGACCAGUAUGCAACUAUUGAGAAAAUAAGAAGACUUGACCCUAACGUUCCAGGAGUUUAUGUUAACCUUUCUGGUUCAGAUGGAACUGCUGCCACUAAAGUAAAACUGAAACUUAGAGUUCCUUUGUCAUCUUUCCUCAUCUUCAGGUUUUUAAGAUACUUGCCAAACUGGGCAGGAAAAAUUUCUAUCGAACUUACUCCAAGUAAAAAUAACUUAGUCAUUGCACCAACACAAGACCCAUUCACUAUUACAGACGUAAAGGGAACAAAUCAAACGUCAUUCGCCGAAUUUUGCAAAGACAAAGUUGACUUAGACUUUGGUUUCUCAAACUUCAACAAUGAA